AUGCAAUCUCACCGGUUACGCCCUCUUCUUUUCAAUCCUCCAUUCUCUUCUAACUCACUUCAAUCCUUUCGCCUUUCGUUUUCUACUGCUUCUUUAUCAACCCCAAAAAACCAAAACUCAAAAGAAACCACUUUUAUAUUUGACUACCUUAAUUCCAACUUCAAAUUACCCAAACCUCAAUCCAGUUAUAUCUCUAAACGUUUUUCAGGAACCACCUUCCCUCAAAACCCCUUGUCUGUAAUCAACUUUUUCAAACAAAUUGGGUUUUCUCAAACUCAGAUUCAAACUAUCAUUCGUCAGAGAGUUCAAUUACUGUUUUCAGAUGUUGAUAAAACUCUCAGGCCUAAAGUUGACCUCUUUCAACAAUUGGGUUUUCAGGGUUCUGAUUUAAGCGGCUUUAUUUCAAGGUAUCCAACCAUUUUGACUGCUAGUUUGAACAAAACAUUGGUUCCCUCAGUGGAAGCUAUUAAGAAAAUUGUACGCAAUGAGAAAGAUCUUAUUCAAGUUUUGUGCAAAUGUGGUUGGAUACUCCCAAAGUACCAGCUAUUUGUUUCCAACAUUGCUUUCUUAGAGAGCUAUGGCAUUGUUGGGGAUCAGGUUUUGUUUCUACUCAAACGACAUUCAAGGCUUUUGAGUUUUUCACAAUCUGCUGUUAGAAACUAUGUUUUGCAAGCUCUAGAAUUGGGUUUCCAUCAAAAUUCAAGAAUGUUGAUUCACGCGCUUCAUACGAUAGUUGGUUUGAGCAAGAAAACAUUUAAGAGAAAGCUGGAUUUAAUUCAGAGUUUUGGGUUUUCUAAAGAUGAGACUUUGCAAAUGUUCAAAAAGUCUCCAGCUUUGUUUAGGGUAUCAGACAAAAAAUUAAAGGUUGGAAUUGAAUUCUUCUUACAUACAGUUAUGCUACCAAAGUCGGCAUUGGCUAACCGGCCUAUGAUUUUGAUGUAUAGCAUUGAGGAUCGAGUGUUUCCUAGAUAUAGAGUUUUUCAGCUUUUGAAAUCACAAAAUCUAUGUAAGGUUUCCAGCUUUGUUUAUCUAUUAUGCUUGUCCGAGGAAAUAUUCUUGAUCAAGUAUAUAUCAAAGUUUAAAGAAAAUACUGAGGCAUUAUUGAUAGCUUACAAGGGGCAUCAUAUACCAGGUGGCAGGGUGUAA